UCCAAUACUUCUGACCUGCGAGAAUUGAUCUUUCGCUCUGAUUUACAUGAUCAACUAUUCGAUCGAUCAAAAAAUUUCGAUUAUGACUGGAUACGUAACACUACAUAUAAUCUCAUGCUUGAAUAUGAAGCGAAUCAUCUCGCAAAGGAUCACCUUGAAACUUGGAUCAUGCUACAUGUGUGGUCGUUUAUUGAUAAAAUCUUUUUAGACAUAGAUGGCAUGGAAAUUGUUAGGUUCAAAAUGAAAAAAAAGGCAAUGGGUCGGCGUGGAGAUUUAAUAAUCCGGAAAUGGCAUACGGAAUAUGGGUGUGGUGAAGCUGGAAAAAUAUUCGAAGGCAUCAAUGGUACAAAGAUCAUUAAAGAAGGGGGUUUGAAAAUGCCCAAAAUGCUUAGAGAUAUGUUCAAUGACCUUUGCGAAACUAUGAAAAUGCGGAAGGAUAAAAUCAGAAAGCUAGAAACAGUCGGUUUUAUCAUCUCGGAUUUACCAGCGGGACAUGUUUGUAGAUUGUUACGGACACGACUUUUUGAGAUACCAACUCAGGUCUCUGAAUUUGGUGCAAAAGUCCUUCCAACAAUGAGCUUGAUAUGGAAGGCAAAGGCAAUAGUGAAAAAUGUAAUCAAACUAAUGGAGGAAGAAGAUCUGACGGAAGAACAGCUCAAAAUGCUACAGAACUGUGAUGAAGUUGAUGAAAGUGGUUUAACGACACCGCCACCUAGAUUGCAAUUACUGUCAAGUUCUGUGACGCCAGAAAAUAAACGAAAGAGUAGAAAUGACGAAAAGUGA